AUGUCUCGUGAGUGCUUCAGACCCGAGGCUCCAAAGUGUAAUAGCUUACGUCGGGCAGUCCCACCAGAAGUACGGACGCAAUAUGUUGCCAUCAUUGAUGAGACACUCGAAGGCGCGGAUUUGAAUACUGUCUCAGUCAAGCAAGUCCGACAUGCCAUACAGUCCAAAGUUCAGUACGAUAUCACUCCGCACAAGACAUCCAUCGCUGAGCUCGUCCGCGAAAGGUUCGAAGUGGUCGCAGCCAAGCUCAAAGAUGCCGAGGAAGCUCUACCUUCAGUCGAGACCGAUGCGGCACCUGCUGUCAACGGCAAUGGUGUUCACAAGUACAAGGAGGAAUCAGCAGCGCCCUCGACGUCCGCAAGUUCCGCCAUCAAGCGCGCCGCUACGAGCGAGUCCCUCUCGGACGUCGUAGACACUGCGCCGCCCAAAAAGAAGAGGAAGGCCAGCCCCGAGGACGAUGCUACUCUGGCCGCCAGACUGCAAGCAGAAGAGGACCAGAUGGCACGGCCUACACGUGGCGGCAACAGUCGCAAGACCGCUGUAAGCAAGAAGAAGCGGACUCCCAAGAAGAAGUCAGCAAAGACAGUUGGCAGCGAUGACUCGGAUGUCGAUGGCGUGGAGAAGCCUAAGAAGAACACCGGCUUUCACAAACCGUUGAAUCUGUCGGCGCCUCUUGCGGCACUGCUCGGUGACUCCCAGCUCUCUCGACCUGAAGUCACCAAGAGACUGUGGAAACAUAUCAAAGGCAACAAUCUCCAAGAUCCUGCCGACAAACGGUACAUUCAAUGUGAUGAGCCGAUGCGCAGCGUUUUCAAACAGGAUCGAGUUCACAUGUUCACCAUGACGAAAUUGGCCAGUGAGCAAAUGUACGCCAUCGAGGAAUCGUAA